UGUAUUUUCUUUCUCCACAUCGACCUCUCCUCCGUUUAUUUUAAGUCCCAGCAUCACAGCGACGCCCUCUCCUUCUGACAUUAACGGUAACACGCAGCGUUUGGUUUGCUGUAAAUGAUUUAUAACAUAAAGUCGGCUGAUUCCCCCUGAAUCCAGUCUGCGGGGGCACCAUGUGCUGUGGGUGUGGCCAGUGGAGAGCUGGCUGUGGCUGUGAAGGUGAAGCUGGCAGCAGAAAGAGAACAAGAUUUACUCCGAUGAGGCUCGUCCACCCGCAUUAAGAACCCUGUAGGUCUCUCUCCCGGUCUCUCACCAUGAGCAUCGUAGCUCUCUCACCCGUGGCCCCUGAACCUACGUCCCCGAUGAUCACCUCCAUCACUCCCGUCACCCCGACCCUCGACCCCGACGCCUGCACGUCCUCUGUUGCUGUCACCACCGCUCCUCUCAGCCUGGACUCGGAGCAUCAGUCCCAGGACGGGGCUUCCUCACCUGGCCCUGGCCCCAGCCAAGGUGACCUCACUGGGGGAGGAUCUCACCUGGGUCGAGACCCCUCCCGGAGGUCAAAGAAACCUCCGCCCCUCCACACUGGAGCCGACUGGAAGGUCGUCCUCCACCUACCGGAGAUCGAGACAUGGCUGAGAGCGACCAGUGACAGAGUCACACAGCUCACACACUCUGUGGGACAAGACAGCAUCAAUAGACACGUGGACGUCCACCUGGUGCAGCUCAAGGACAUCUGUGAGGACAUCUCGGACCAUGUGGAGCAGAUUCACGCCCUUCUGGAGACAGAGUUCUCUCUGAAACUGCUGUCCUACUCCGUCAACAUCAUCGUCGACAUCAGGACGGUGCAGCUGCUGUGGCACCAGCUCAGAGUCUCAGUCCUGGUCCUGAAGGAGCGUCUGCUGCAGGGCCUGCAGGACUCCAACGGAAACUUCACACGCCAGACCGACAUAUUGCAGGCCUUCAGCGAGGACCAGCACCAGACUCGUCUAGACGCUCUAACUGAGGUAGACGACUGCGGUAAGCUGACCAUUCGCUGCAGCCAGGAUUACUUCUCUUUAGACUGUGGUAUCACUGCCUUUGAGUUGAGCGACUACAGCCCCAGUGACGAGCCCGAGGCCCGGGGGACUGAGCCAGACGGCGAGGACCCCUCCCAGGAGCUCCAUCAAGCCCAAGACUCAAAUCAAGACCCGGUGGCAGAGGAGAGCGAAAGAUCAAACCUCUCAAACCACGAACACCAUAAUAGUUUACCUGAACUCACCACACCCGGCGACUCAACAAACCACAACCAUUCUCCGCCAAUAUUACCCACAAUGCAAUGUGGCAUGCCCAACCACAGUGAAAGUGCAAAGCGCCCUCUGCAGGGCGUGAGCCACAGCACUGAAGUGUCGCCCACACAGCCGUCGCUUCCCAAGAGAGCUGCUCUCUUCUCAGAUAGAGGAACCAGGGAGGAGGACUCAAGGGGAGGUCUUGGGAAGGUUAGCCUGGUCUCUGGGCUCCAGUUCCAGGCCGAGCUGAGUCGGAGCACCCCUUCUCUCAUGGAUCCUCCAGACCGCUCCAAGUUCUGGUUGGAGCUGGACUCGGUUUAUCCAGAAAAUGUUUCACAGUCCUAUGAGAGUCUACAGGUCAUGAAUGGGCGCAACCACCAGAAAAACCAUGUGAGGUCCCGACAGGGAGGACGCUCACAGGGGAGUGUACACAGACUACCAACAGACCCAAGGAGCUCAUCCAGGGCCAGACCGACCGGCAACGCCCCCCUACCUCUCCAAGACUCAGCAUCUCAGGAUGAAAUAUCAAAACAAAUGAAGAGGACGCAGAAGGAGGCACAUGCGCACAGUGAGGGGGACUCUGACUCCUCGUUGCCAUCCCCCAUGAGAGAGCAGUUCCUCUCUUCAGACCUGGAGGCAUCCGGAGAGGAGUCAGACCCCCGACCUCCUCCUGGCAAGGCGGCGGUCUGGAUCGUGAAGCGCCAGGGGCAGAAGGGGGCUCAGGUUUCGUCAAAAGCCAGCCCAGACAGGGAGCACUGGUAUGGGUCAGAAGAGUUCCUGGCCCUCCCCGCUCAGCUCCGUAAGACGGAGAUGCUUGCUAUGAAACUUGAAAGUCUGGCUCAGUCCAUCCCGCUGAGGCCCGGUGGCUGUGACUCUACCCAGGAGGCUUUGCAGGAUGUGGAUGACUGGGAUUUAACGGAGCUCAACCCAGACUGGGACAUAGGGGAGAGCGGGGACAACGUGAGCAGCAUGGGGGAGCGUGGGGACGACGUUCCUUCUCCUCCACCACCGCUGCUUCCUUACAGACGAAACCUGGUCAGCCGCUUUAGCUCCACCUCCUCCAGCGAUAUCGCCCCCUCAUUGGACGAAAGCAUCGAGUCUGGGCUGUUAAGUGACCUGCAGUCUGAAGACGAGGAGGGACGGAGGUCUGCGGACCGCCGCCUGCAGCUGACAGUGCCCCUGAUGGACAGGCGGGGAGGUGCGUCUCUGGUGCAGCAGCUGCUGGAGGACAUUCAGAGUCAGGACAGAGACCCUGAUGUCUGGAAGAAGAUAGAGUGUUUCGUGCAGCAGUUGGACGGGUUCAUCUUGUGGCUGCAGGACGCGCUGGACAGCACAGAAAACUGGACGCAGCCCAGACAGGAUCUGGACAGCCUGCGGGUGUACCUGGACACACACCUGUCUUUCAAGCUAAACGUGGACAGUCGCAGCGCUCUGAAGGAGACAAUAAUGGAGGAAGGCAGAGCACUGCUCACUAUCAUCACCUCCCACCAAUCAGGUCUGAAGGAUAUCCUCCAUAUGGUUUCCAGCCAAUGGGAUCAGCUCCAGCGGCAGAUCCGGCGCCAACAUGGCUGGAUGCUCCGCACCCUCCGCUGCAUCCAGGCCCGCCUCCUCUACUCUAGCCAAUCACAUGAGUUCUUCACAACCUCGGGAGAAACCUCGGCCAAUCGGCAAGCUCCGUACUCGACGGAUGGCCUCAAGGCCGAGCUGAUCUCCAGUCAGUGUGAAGCCCAGCGAGCUGCCCUGGAGCAGAUGGCCAUCAAACUGAGCACCCUGCAGUACCCAUCGCCUGCCAGCAGGAGGCACUACACCCAGCUGGCCAGGAACAACAGUCUGCAGGAGUUUGAGGCCGAGUACCAGGAGCUCUGGGAUUGGCUGAUGGACAUGGACGCCAUGGUAACGGACAGUCACCAGCUGAUGAUGUCAGAGGAGCAGAGACAUCACCUCUUCAAGAGCAGCCACGCUGAGCUGAUGAUGAUGGAGAGCAGGAAGACCAGCCUGCUGGGCCGGGCCGAGUCUCUGAAGAGGAGCGGGACCGAACUACCCGGCGACUUCCACCGCAAAAUACACAACCUGGCGCACACAUGGAGACAGCUGGAGAAAAUCCUCUCCGAUCAUUCAGGACCCGGCUCUUCCCAGCACAACCAGUCAGCCAACAUGAACUCUUUACUGGUCGGUGGUGGAAGCGACGCUGGGGAGAACCCUCGCUCGGCCCUCUCCCCGCUGACCAACUCGCUCCUGGAGCAGCUGGAGGCCCGCAUUAAAGAGCUGAAGGCGUGGCUGCGAGACACCGAGCUCCUCAUCUUCAACUCCUGCCUCAGACAGCACAAAGACGCCUCAGAGCAGCUCCAGAGCUUCAAGUCUCUGUGUUCGGAGGUGCGAGCACGACGGCGAGGAAUUUCCUCUGUUCUGAAACUCUGCCAGAAGCUGCUGCAACAGAGCCAGUCGGGCCCCAUGGCGGAGGUGGGCCCAGAGGCGGAGCAGCACCGAGAGGCCCUGCAGCUGCUGUCAAUCAACCUGGAGAGGAGGUGGGAGGCGAUCGUGAUGCAGGCGCUGCAGUGGCAGAACAGACUGAAGAGAGAGCUGGGAGAGCAGCAGGUUCCUGGAAACUUUCUGGAACUAGGUCUAGUCGACCUCCAUCAGAUCAGUCCAGUCCCAGCUGGUCCAGUUGCACCGCCGUCAGAUGACUCAUGGGAAUGGGAUGAAACUGAUAUGACAAUCACAGAAACAGAGCCACAAGAAGUACCAGAACCUGACCUUACGCACAACCUCCCCACAGAACCAAAUCUGCUGUCAGGCAGCGUUCUGUCCAAUGGGAAUCAACCCGACAGGUUUCAGACUGAUGCACCUGCAUCAUCUCAGGACACUGAGAUGAGGCCCAGAAUGAGGAGUGGAUCCUCAUCAGAAGUUCAACCCAAUAUGUUCCAAACUCCCCCCCCUAACAACAAUAACAUCUACCAGGUGUACAGCCUCCAUAAUGUGGAAUUAUACAGACAGCCUCAGUUUCCUCACAUCUCCUCGCUGCACAAAACCAAAUCAGGAAAACGAAAACAGCACCUCCUGCUGAAGAGCCUAAGUAAGGACUCCUCCUUCUCCUCCAUUGAAUCUCUGCCGGACCUCCUGGGAGGUAUGAUGUCAAACAGCCGAGGAGGAGAUAGAAUUGUUGGAUGCCACGAUGGGGAGGGUGGCAGAGAAAGCGGCCAGUCGACAAGCAGCCGACGGUCAGAGAGCGAGAGCGGGAUCGUUAGUGAUACAGGAGACACAGAGACAACAACAAAUUCUGAAAUACAGGGAGAGGAAGAGGAUCAGGGGGAAGAGGAGGAGGAAGAUGAAGAAAAGGAGCAGAGGAAGGAUGAAACUGUAGAUGGCAGUAAUCUGGCUCUGCACAAAGACAGUGUCACCAGGUACAACCAAAGAAGAACCAAGACAGAAGAGAUUACGAAGGAGAAAGGAUGGAGAAGAGAUGAAAUGAGAAGAAACGGGGAGGAGGAGAAGAGGAGAAGGCACAGGAGGGGAGGAGGUGAGGCAGUUGAGAUCCUAAUCAAUGGGCGUGGAAUCUUGACUCCAGCUGACUCCGACUCUGACUUGGAGGUGGGAGGCUCCUCCAAGACCUUUAUGUCCUGCAGUGACAUUACAGUGUUCAAAGUUGACCAGUUUAACGGUUUGGAGACUCCUCCUGCUCUCAGCCGCAGGGCAUCAAGUCCAGUUUUAUCUCAGGGCUCCUCUUUGGAGUCCCUCCUGGCUCUGGGUGUGGAGUUAUUUCCUUCCAAAGACCCACUGCAUCGUAGUGCCUCGCUGGAGAGUUGCCUGGCCCCGUGUCGUAGCGCUGAAGGUGAUACCGGAGGCAGUCUGGCCAGCCUCGGGGAGCUGGACCUGGGGCAGAGCAGAGUAGUGGAAGAAGAUGAACCAGGAAAGGAGAAGAUCAAUGAAAGUGUGCAAGGAGAACCGUCCUCUGGGGAGCUGAGCAGAAGAACUCUUGAUCUCCUGAAACGCCUGGAGAACAUCCAGAGUCCUCUGGCAGCAAAGAUGACCCGCAGUGUUUCUGACAUGACGCUUCGGAGCACCUCUCCUCAGCGGAGCAGACUCCCUGCCUCUCCUUCUCUCGGUGGUCGACAUGCCCCCCUUUCUGGGAUUUCAGGCUCUUUACGGAAAGGGCCGCCAUCCCUGAUCAACGAGAGUUCAGCAACAGCAUCGCUUACAGAGCUGAGUAGCACAGAAGACUCGUCUCUGGGAUCUGAAGAUUUCACCAUGCUCAGAAAUCAACGCCACCUCUUCCUGGAUCCUACCAUAGCAGCCAAUGCCAAUUCAAGCUCUUGUAGGAAACGCUGCCACGGUAGCAGCCGAGGAGGGCAAGGGAUGGAUGAAGCAGACGCAGCGAGUUUGAGCCUGGUGGUGAAUGUCUCUUGUACGUCAGCAUGCACAGAUGAAGAUGAGGACGACAGUGACCUUCUGUCUUCUUCCACACUCACGCUCACUGAGGAGGAGCUCGGUGUUCGGGACGAAGAGGGCGAAGAGGAGGAGAGGUUGAGCUGUGCCUCUUCCGCUAACGAGAAUGAUGAGGAUGACGAUGAAGAGGAGAUGGAAGGGUCUUAUGUCUUGGGGCUGGAGUACAUGAAGAGGGAGCUGCAGACUUGGAUCAGAUCUCCUCGAACCUCAUCUUCCUUCUCCAAAACAGAGGCAGGCCUCCGGGAUGAGCUGCAGUGUGGAUCCAACCUCUCCUCCACCUUCAUUUCCUCCUCUCAGAACAACGAGCAGCACUGUUUUCUGAACCGCACAGCUGCAAAAUUAUUAGAAACCAACACUAAUAGUGGCAACAACAAAACCAAAAGAGAUCAUAAAGAACAAGAAGAGGAGGAGGAGAACCGGAGGAACGCAACAAGAAGCUUCAUCAGCCAGUUUGUUGAUGACGUGGAGAACGGAAAUGUGGACCAGAGCUGUUUAAAAGGUAAAGACGAGGAUGACGAACUCCUUCGAGAGGAGUCAAGUGUGUUCACAAAGAAAGGAGAGUCACUGAGGGAGUCUUACAUGUUCUCCAAAACAGGUGAGUCACUUCAGGAUGUAAGUGACUUGAUAGUGAAAACGGAAUCAAACUCAAUAAAGCAGCUUCCUUCGUCACCGUCCUGUGAGCUCCUUCCCUUUCCAUCCAAACGUGCUUCCUCUUUAGUGGGACAGCUGAGAGGGGAAUUGCCUUGUCACAGCACCUCCCUGCCCUCACCUCCUUCCCUUUCGCCCCUUGAGGAUUGCAGAUCCCAUGACGCCUUGCACAACAGCAGGCCGGCAACUGGGGGACGGAAGGCCAUCACCAUUCAGGAAAAGUUCAAAUUCUCAUCUUUUGUGACGGAGGAGACGAGGAGGGAAGUUAGAGACAAAGAGUCGUCCCUGCCUCCUAAAAAAAGGCACCAUUCUCACUCCUCUUGCUGCAGCCACCUUCCCUCCCCCUCUUCCCUCCAUCCAUGCAGAGUAGACGAAGGCAAGAAAGAGAAUGUGCAUGACUUUGUAAUGGAGAUUAUUGACCUGACCUCACUGGCACUGAAGAACAAAGAAAAUCAGCCUGAAGAACCGAACCAGACUGAUAACAGCGGGUCCAUCCCAGACCAAGGUGCUGCAUCACUAGCACAGAUCAGAGACAAGGUCCUCGAACACUCCCACCGGCCUCUCCACCUUCGUAAGGGAGACUUCUACUCCUACCUGUCUCUCUCCUCCCAUGACAGCGACUGUGGCGAGGUCAGCCAGUGCUCCGAGGACAAGAGCUCCACUCCGGUGCCCUACAGCAUCCCGUCUUACGUCACACCAACACAAGGCCUCCACAGCCCGAGCCCUGAGCUCUUCACGAGCAGCAGACAGCAAAUAUCGACCUCGAACUCGUCUUCCAAACUCUCCUCUCCUGGCCUUCACUCCAAGGACAACCUCUGUGCUCUUGAUUUGAAGUGUGCUGAUUUCCAAGCCAACAGCGCUGCUAAUGGUAGCCACGCUGAAGAGCCGACGAGCCCCUUUCUAUCCCUGCCCCCUAGCCCUGACAUCAGGGACGAGGAGACCCUGUUUGCCGCCUGUACGGAGGAGGUUUACCUGGGCCCGCCUCUCUGCUACAGCAUGGUGCUCACCAAGAAACCACGACGGUUCUUGAAGGAAAAUGUGGAGUAUUUGUCCUGCCUGGACCCUGGCUAUGAACUGAACAGUCUAGCUUACUUGCCUUGUUCAGAACCAAACAAUAGUCAAGAGGGGCCUAAACCGGGUGAUAGUCUAAGCUACCCGUCUCCCUCAAAGGAGUCCAUAUUGGAUAGAGAUCAGGAUCACCUGUAUUUCCGAGGAUCCAGUCCCACACCUUUCCUGGAGCCUUGUUACAGCUCAUUCUCCACCUCCUCGCCUUCUGACAGCGCCUCCGCCUCUCUCCAGGGGCCCGGCUCCAAACCAGAAGAAGACAACCCUUCCCUUCCCAUGUCCUCUGGCGCUGAGGAAGAGAAGCGAGGUGAGGACCCGUACCUCCUCUGUGAUGUCGCUGGAGGAGAAGUCGCGGCCGCUGUGAGUGUCAGCGCGCCGCAGGAGGAGAGGAGUCGUAAUGAGGGGCCUCCUUAUCUUAAUCCCCGGGCGCGUGUCGCCCCGAUAGACUCCUCCGCAGCCGAAUGUUUGGCAGAUACUAAAACGCUUGAAUCCAAUAUGGGCGCCGUAAUGACCAAGAUAAGUGUCUGCAGCUCCGCUACAAAUCCCUCAAAAGAGCCAGCCGCCACCGCCACGCGUAUUAAUCCCAAAAUUAACUGCUCGGCGAUGAGGGAGGCAGAUAGGGAGGAGGGGGCGAGGCGAGGAGAGGUGGAUACUCGGCGGGUGAAGCAGGAGGAGAAAGGGAGGAGAGGGCGGAGUGGCUCGCAGCGGGAAGCAAAGACAGCAGCAGAGAAGCAGGUGAGCUCACAUGCCACCAGAACAGCACCAGGACGGAGCCAGGCCUCAGUGAGACCGCCCACCAUGAGAACAGGGACAGUCAGAAGACUACCUGUGUUGGGAGCAGGAACAUCCAGGAUCCAGCUUUAAGGGAGCUCUCUCCUUCUCUUCCCCCGCUGAGCUGAUCUUUCUCCUUGGCUUCGUCUUUCCGGCUGCCUCCCCCCUCUCUGCUCCUGGAGCCUCUCACCCCUCUGACCUCCCAAAUCUCACUGCUGUAACUGAACGGAUCGUUAAGAAACUGGACUGAAAACUCAUCCAGCAAUUUCAGGAUCACCGAACAACUGAUUUAAACUUUUGAUCAGAUCCGAUAUUUGAGUCUGAUUUCAGGUUGGAAUUUGUGUCCAUACGUUUCUGAGUGAUGAUGGAGCAGCUUUUAUGGUUUGGCUGAACAGCUUUUUGAGUUAGUCUGUGGACAAUUCAAUAAUUUUACAUCAAACAUUUACAAUUAAGAGUUCAGAAAAAUAUAGUAGCAUCCAACAACCAUUUAAAUCUGUUUAUUGAAUUGAAUUUUGCAAUUACAAAUGGGACGAUACUGUACAGCAUCUUGAGUUAAUGAUGAACAGUUUCAGGAUGGAUAUAAAGUGUUUGACUAAAAGGAGUUAAUUGCAGUUAAAUGCCAUAUUUCUGAAAGGAAAAUCACUAAGAGAAUCUUUAGUUUUCAGCAGCUGUAGAGAAAUAUUACGCCUAUGAAUCAGACAGUUACACGUCAUAUUUAUAGAUCAAGUGAAGGCAACCCAAAAUCAGCUUAAUCUUUUUAUUAAUUUAUUUUUUUAAUUAUUUUUUUAAGCAUGUUUUGAUUCUAAGGCACAGAGGUCUGACAAUACCACUUGAACUUUUGAACUGUGCCAAUGCAGUAAGCCAAACUGCUCUGGCAUUUCAAGCAGGACAAAUAAAACACCAAGAAGUACGAGUCAGCUGUGGAUGUGACUGAAAUGAUGAGAAAUGGUGUUGAACUGACCUGAGAUCAGCUGGAUUUCACAGGUUUGUUGUGUACACCCUGUUAUCUUAUAUACACUCUGUUCAAACUGUAUGCUGCGGUGUUUGUAGCACAAGUAGCAUGUUACUUCCUAAGAAUAACACUUGGUCUGUGUCUAUAAAUGAUGUCAGUAUUCAUAAUCUGUUACUGUGACUUGGUCAAACUCUGUAGAUCUUUUCACAGUCGUAGCUCAGCUAGAAGCUCUUCAUCCUGUAGUAUCAGCACAACACUGCAGCCUGUGAGUUAUCAAUGUGGUAUAACUCAGUAGAUAAACUGUAAUAUUGGCAUCACACAACCACAAAGCUAAAUUUAAAACUUCAAUUUGUUUAAGCUAUAAUGAAAUGUCUAAAAGGUCGGAACAGAUAUGAAGAAAUCUCGUCGUGAUUUACAGAUGCAUUGAUCGUAGAAGUUGAGUUAGUUUAAAUAAAAGCUACAAAUAUAAAGACAUAAUCAGCUUUGUUUAACUUUGCUGUGAUUGAACACAAAUCGUUACAAGCUACAAAGAGGCCAAUAAGUUGUAUUACACUGUAUUUAUAGAAGAUAAAACUUCAACUGUAUUUUCAUGACUGGACAGAACUACUGAGGAUUUGGGCUCGAAGGGUGGAAAAUCAUUACCAACUAUCAAACACACGCUGGUAGACUUUGAUUCAGUUGUCCACAUCUCAUUCAUUCCCAGAUUUGAACUGUGGUCAAGUCUAACUACGGAACCCAAAAAUGCCCAAAACCCAAACCUCAAGACUGGCUUCACCAGAAAAAUGCCAGCAUCUGGUUGCACCAACAGGGCUUAUGCCUGAUCUUAAUCAACCGUUCAUCUUACGCCUAGUCAGAGGCAAGCUUAAAGUCAAUUUUGAGUGGAGGCCCUGCCGGAUUGGUAGAUUUUUCUAAUUGAAACAUCAUCGUAACACUUUUUUGUUUUCUGAAUGAAGGCUGCCCGAGUCUGAAAAAUCAUUUACGGCCUUGGUUAUUUCUCUCAAAGUCAACUGCUUCUUAUUUGUUUGCCUUCUCUUUUUCUUUGAUCCUCCGAAAAUGAGAAACAACUGCUGAUUCUUAGAUGUUAUCUUCUCUCACAAGUUAUCUCAGGACACUUUUCAUAUAGAGCAAGUCUAGACCAUACUCCUGAUAAAAUUAUUUAUUAGACAUCCAAGAUUUUAGGUCCUUAAGACAUGCUUGUAAUUUAGCUAAUUGAUUAGUUUCAUCUAACUCGAUUGAUAGAUAUAAUUUGGUAUCGUCUGCAUAACAAUAAAAGUUUAUGCGUGAUUCUUAAUAAUGUUGCCUAAAGGAAGCAUAUAUAAAGUGAACUGGUCCAAGAACAGAACCUUGUGGAACUCUUUGACUAACUUACAUACAAGAUUCAUCGUUAGUUCAUUCGUAGUCGAAUGGGCAUUCAUAUGGACAUGGCAGUCCAGGCAGAGUCAAGAUUAGGCCAUUCUAAUGACUGGUCUUAAGAAAUACUGACUUAGAUUUAGGAUUAGUAAGGACCAGUUGCAGUUGGUGCAACCCAUCCCAGUUGUUUAUUCAAACACCUAAUUGACCUAUAUGUACCAAACAAGGACCUCUUGUAGCUGUGUGAAUUAUAAUUCUUGUCUGUCAGGAGCAAAGGUGGAACUAGCAAGUUGAUAUUGUAAAGCAGAACAUGCCUUCCAAUGCAGACAUUAGAUCAGAAAACGACGUACAGUUUGUUUAGUUUGGAGGACCUGUUGAAACCUUGGUUACUUUUUUCAUGAAGGAAUUUAAGUAUUGUAGAAAUACUAUUAGUCUAAUUGACUUUUAUCCUAUAUUUCUAAACUAAUUUUAACAUUGAAGUGUGAAAAUAUUACCACACAGUAGAGGUAGAUGUGGUAAACACUAGUUUCAACACAUUGGUGUCUUCAACAGCAUUUUUUCAAGUCAGCAUUGUCCCUUCCUCCAAAUGUAGUUGACAAAAGCAGCCUCAUUGUCUGAAUUUGGAGAACACAUUCCUGAGUGCCAGAAAAGUAUCAGCAAAGUUGACAAAGUGACCACUUGGUGGUGAAAUGUUCCAACUUUAUAAGUUGACGAUGACUACCUGAACAACUACCUUAGUUUCUUCUUGAAGUGGAAGUGGAAGGAGGUGGUGAUAAUGCUAUGGUGAAUUCUCUGUAGAGAGACUCAUUUAGAGAAGGUAAGGCCUUUUCAAGAUCAGUUCUCUUUAGAAGUGAAGUCAUCAGCAUCAUACCUUUGCAAAGGUUCCUUUAAAUGUUGUCAAAAGGAACAACUAAAUUUUGUCCAGAUUUAGAGAAUGCAACUGCUGUGUCCUCUGCGUCCCUUAGCCACAUUAAAUCCUUUGCAAGCAUUAACAGUUGGUACAGUUAGCAUUCAUCUCUUCGUUACACAUUUUAAGACUCAAACUUAAAAGUAUAAGUGGACGAGGACUACCUGAAUGUACCCUUAGGUUUGUGUAGAGAUAGGAAGCGGUAAUGAUGCUGUGGUAAAUCCCCUGCAUCCUGCUUGCCUUCAGUCCUUUGAAGGAUGUGUCACCUUGAAAUGGGCCACAGAUAAUCAUUUUGAGGUCCUGAUUGAUUGAAACUGAGAAGCUUGGAGAUUUGGUGAUGAAUUAUAGGAUAUACCUGCUGCUAUGGUGGUGGAAGAAGUCACUGUGUUCUGAAUCAAUGGAAAUAUUAAUGGCCAUCAGGUGAAAUCUACAUUCUGAACUAAACCUGUCCCCUCUCUGCUGGCAGCAGCACCUGCAAACUGAGGGUUGAACCAGGUUUCCAAAAAUAAAAGAAUAUUAUAAACAAGACAAUAUUUUAUCUAUGCAACACGACCAAAGUUGGCGAAAGCUGAAACGGUGUUGUUGUGUAGGCAUUAAAGUUUGAUGACUGUUGAUGGGGACGUGUGUUGUUAUUAAUUCUGCUGUAUGUAUGUACACCACUACUGUACCAUGUAUUGUUUUCUUUUUUAUUUUCUAGACAACUCCUGAAAUGAUUAGCAGUGACGCUGGGGUUUGGGAUUGGUGUUGAGACAAGUGUGUGUAGGACAAAAUAGGGUUUGAGAUCUUUAAAAUAUAAUUGUGUGCCUUGCUCUACUGUUACUACUUCUACCUUUUGUUAAUUAAAACCACUGCUUUCCCAGUUAAGUGAUGAAAACAUGCAACAAAAAAUGAGAAACAAAAACUGUUUCAAGCAAGGUUCAAGUUGAGCUUGUGUAUAUAUGUGAAGGUGUACAACCUUGGUGUAAAAUGCAGAGGGAGGAAUGCUUGGUGUUUGUGUUUAUUUAACUCUGUAUGUGACCUGUGAUGUGGAAUAUCUUUAUUAUUAGUAUUGGCCAUAAAGAGCUUGACUGCAUGGUUCCUGCGAACUACAAUGUAAAACCAACUGUUGACAAAUAAACUUAAUUUAUUGGAAAAAAAAUAAA